AUGCCUCUCUUACCCCAGUGUCCGCCAUGCCGACUUCAGAUCUCUGCAUUGUACUCCCGCGCACCACGCAGAUACUACCGCACCAAGAAAAUAAAAACUGAGACACCCAAAGACUACACUGACCUUCCGGACUUUCUACAAUGGCGCAGCUAUUUUCCAUCAAAUCCUUCACUUGCGCAUCGUAUAUCUGUUGCAAAUCCAGAAACUGCUAAAAAGAUUGCCAACGCAUUUGUGCCAGAAGGGUCUAAAGAUAAAGUUAUCAUUGAGGCGUAUCCAGGUCCGGGCCAGUUGACAAGAGCUUUACUCGCGUUGCCCAAAAAGCGCAUCAAAAAGCUCAUUGUGCUCGAAACUCACGACGAUUAUUUGAAGUAUCUCAGAGCACUAGAAGAGCUCGACGAUAGAGUCAAAGUCCUUGAUCUUCCUGCGGUGUCAUGGUCCACGUAUGAUAUGGUGGAAGAAAUGGGGCUGUUAAGCGAUGUCGACAAGCUAUCCUGGGAGGCUGGUGUGCACCCUAAUCUACAUUAUAUUUCCCACCUCAGAGCAACGAUAUCGGGAGAACAGUUUAUUGCACAGCAAUUUCGCACCAUUCCUGGCCGCCAAUGGUUAUUCAAGUUUGGUAGAGUGCCUCUGAGCCAUGUCAUGAGUGAAUAUGUAUGGCAGCGCGUAUCUGGCCCCCUAGGAGAUAGACUGAGAUGCAAACUUAGCGUUAUAGCCGAAGCAACGGCCAAAUGCGAGGAGGCGUUACCUUUCUCGGAAACACAACCGCUUGAACAACAUUUUCAUCCAGCACCAUCUGAGGCAAUAAUGACGAAGGUCGGAGAACUACGACAAUCCAGAAAAUUGGUGAAAGGGAGAAGAUUGGGGAUGCCUUUUCAGGUCAUAAACAUGGUCCCUCGUGCGGACGCUCUUAUAUCUCCUGAGAUGCUAGACAAGUGGGACUAUUGUUUGCGUCGGAUGUUUGUACAAAAGGCAACACCCUUCAAAAAAGCAUUAUUAACGCUGGGACCUGGUGCCGGAACGCUAGCGAAAACAAUCUGCAAUCCUGAGAAUCCCGUGUGGAUUGAUCCGGACGCCAAGAUACACUCACUGACCAUUGAACAGUGGCAAGUUGUAGUUCAGGCAUUCCACAAAUGGCCUUUCGCUCCAGAGGAUCUCGGUGUAGACUCUGUAGUUGACGAAUCUGCGAGGCAAAUGUCCAUUCAGGUCCUGUCCGGUACUAACUAUUCAAAGGGGGUUAUGUACAUCAUGUCCCGCUCAGCUCAUCUGUUGAACAACCGACUCCCCAGCUUUUAUUCUGCCAAUGGCAACUAUGACGUUUCUAAGGAUAUCCGACGGCCUUGGAAUAUGUGCCUCUGGCUCUGCGAGGACAGGAAGGUGAAGCCUGAGCUGUUGAAUGACCUGACUGAUGACGUUCCAUCAGGGCUAAAGGUGGUGGUGAUUGGCAUUGGCGGAAUGGCUAGUAAAACGGCUGUGUUAACCUAUGGUUAUAGCCUGUCACCGUCGACUAUAUUCCAGCCUGAUUAUACUCGGCUUUCUAUCAGGGUGCGGGGAAGGUGCAGGAAAUAUAAGCUGUUCCCUAACAUGGUACCUUUCCUACAAAUAUACCGAAGGACAAGGAUCAGUGUAGUCGUCAAAAUCCCGUCUACGCCCUCCAGAAUAAUGCGACAAUAA